CUCUGCGAUUGGUGCGUGACGAAUCCACCUGCGAUCUGCGGAAAUAUAAGCGAGGCUUUGAGUUGAUCGGAGCUAUCCUCGGGAGCCGUGAAGGAUGCUUCAGGGGCCGUACAGCAACCUGGACCGGGACCGGCUCCUCAUCCGGCUGCCUUUCAAAAGCUUCUCCGUGGGGACGUUUCUGCUGCCGGUGACCGGCUUCAUCGCCUGUAUCUUCAUCUCCCUCUGGUACCACUAUGAGGAAGCGACGUACACGCACUGUAAGGUGUCCAACUACCUCCCGUCCAUCAGCUCCGCCAUCAGCGGUGCGCCCGAGCGCUACAUCUGGAGCGGCUGCAUCGGGCUCCACUCGGCGCCGCGGUACCUGGUGGCCUUCGCCUACUUCAGCUUCUACCGCAGCCGCUUCGCCGACAGGCUGCCGGAGCUGCUGCUGAGCGGGCUGGCGCUCCUCUGCAGCCUCGCCGAGAACACUGGCCUGGUGAUGCUCACGUACGUGUCGUCCACGGAAACCUACAGUGUUCAUAAGUACGGGUUCAUCACGUUCAUAGGGAGCUCGCUGGUGCACAUGCUCAUUACGUGCUGGCUGUGGUACGUCAUCAAGAGACACUACGUGAGCCCAGAGGAAGUGACAUCAUAUCACUGGAAGCUGCGUCUCUUCCUGUUCAACAUCAGCUGCUGUGUGAUCGCUGCCUACUUCUUCAGACGCCACAACAAAUACUGUGAAGCAGGAAUCUACUCCCUGUUCGCCGCCUUCGAGUACCUGGUGGUCUUCUCCAACAUGGCCUUCCACAUGACAGCCUUCUGAGACUUCGGGAGCAAAGAGGUGACCGUGGCCACGCCGCUGGAGGACAAACGAUACUGAGCAGGAGGGGGCGGGGCGUUAAUGCCGUUUCUGAACUCAAGAGCAGAGAGAGGAGUCUGAUGACAUCAUUCCAACGACACCCUGACCUUCGGAGCAGGACGGCGUGAUGGAGACGUGGACCAGAGUUCUUCUUCUGUUGUUGUUUCUCUAGUGUGCCUGUGUCUUUGAAUCAUCAGAAAUGAUGCGUAUUGAUGAUGUCACACUUGUUUACAGAAACAGCUGAUCAGGGUUUUAAUGGUUUUAUUUCCACACAGAUAAAAACCAUCAGAGACUAAAUAAAUGUGAUGGUGAUGAUGA